AUUAUAGCAGGAAACACAUGUUUUCAGCUGACAGGGUGGAGAGUGGGGUGACUGAGUGGAGCUGAACAGCUGCACAAAGGAAACAAAAAGGAAACUGGUGUGUUGUUGUCCCUGCCAGAAAGGCUCAGUUGGGGGGUACAAGCGCAGGUCAUCGGGGUAUAUUAUUUGUUCGAGGCACAUGGAUAGCCUUCAUGAGACCUGUCCUCUUUAACGAAAACUGAAGACCACUUGAGUUGAAACCAUCUGAGUAACUAUGACCACAACACUGGCAUUAUUACUAUUCCUGUCUGCUCUUUGCUGCAUCCUAGCGGGCAAUGUGGAGCUGCUCCGCUCCAAGAGAGGGACUCGUUUUUACAGAGGUGAGCCUGACAGGCAGCCUGCUAGAGGGACGCUUUUGAUUAUUCAUGUCCAGAAGUCUUCACCUUCCUUUGACACCUUCUCACAAUGUAUUGAUAUUGAGACGUCAGCUGUGCGUAGUUCUGGAGACACUUGGCUGCGAUGGAGGGGACAGCGUGUGGAGUAUUGCCGUUGUGCAUUGAGAGCGCGAGAGCGUUGUCAUAUUGUGCCUGUUAUCAACUGCUACGCGUCUCACUGUUACAACGGAGGAACCUGUAAAGAAGCCGUGUACACGUCAGACUACAUCUGUCAGUGUCCUCAAGGCUUCAGUGGGGCUCAGUGUGAAAUCAACAACAAUGAGAACUGCAUUGUGGGACGUGGUGAAGGCUACCGUGGCACAUGGAGUACCAGCAAUUCAAGAUCAGAUUGCAUUAACUGGAACUCCACAGUUCUGAGAGGGAAGAGAUUCACAGCAAAGAAAAACAAUGCUGCCAGUCUGGGGCUAGGCAAUCACAACUACUGCAGGAACCCAGACAGUGAUGUAACCCCUUGGUGCUACAUCUUUAAAGGCACUCAGAUCUCCUGGGAGGCCUGUCCUGUACCUAAAUGUCCUGAAGAUAAGUACCAAGAAUGUGUUCAGGGCUCUGGUCAGUCAUACAGAGGAACAGUAUCCGUCACUAAGAGUGGCCAUAGCUGUCUCCCAUGGGACUCUCCUGCUUUGAGGCGCAAACUUAACAAUGCAUGGAAACCUGAGGCCUUGGAGCAGGGGCUGGGCAGCCACAACUUCUGCAGGAAUCCAGAUGGCGAUGAAGGUCCAUGGUGUCACACCUACAAGAACAUGAAGCUGACAUGGGAUCUGUGCGACAUACCAAAAUGCUCGUCACGUCCAUCAGUCAUCACCACUGUUGGCCCUCGUGCUCCAACAACAAACAAUCACCAAGGGACAUGUGGCCAGCGUAUGGACAACAGCCUCAAUCAACCCAUGUUUCGCAUGUUUGGUGGCCGAGCGAGCGACAUCACAGAGCAGCCAUGGCAAGCGGCCAUCAAUGCCUACCAGAAUCGUCUGAAAUUACACUUUCACCGUUGUGGAGGAGUUCUCAUUGACUCCUGCUGGGUGCUGUCUGCUGCACACUGCUUUGAGGACAGUGUUAAAGCAGAGAAGUUAGAGGUGAUUUUGGGGAGAACAUUUAGGAAACAGAACUCCAGUGGGGAGCAGAUUUUCAAGGUGGAGAAGUACUGGAUCCAUGAGAAAUUUGACCCUGAGUCAUUCGACAAUGACAUUGCUCUUUUGAAGCUUAAGGCGGACGUUGGCAUCUGUGCUGUGAACUCCCCGGAGGUUCUUCCUGCAUGUCUGCCUGACCAUGGACUGGAACUGCCUGACUGGACUGAGUGUGAGAUCUCAGGAUAUGGAAAAGACUCUGAAUUUGCUGCAGAGUACUCCGAGCGUGUAAAGAGAGGUUACGUUCGCCUGUGGCCCAAAGAGCGCUGCAUCCCCGAAGUUCUGUCUGGACGCACAAUCACCUCCAACAUGCUGUGUGCAGGGGACACCCGGAAUAGGGACGAUGCCUGCAAGGGAGACUCCGGUGGGCCGCUCGUCUGUCGUAACAAUGACAAGAUGACUCUGAUGGGUGUGAUCAGCUGGGGCGAUGGCUGCGGGCAGAGGGACAAGCCUGGGGUCUACACCCGUGUGACUAAUUACAUCGACUGGAUCAAUGGGAAAAUCAAGGCAAACCCCGUCUAAAGUCAGAAAGAGACUGCAACAAUAAUGUUAAUGACCUUACCCACAAACACAGUGGGUAAAAAGAAUAAGUCUAUCUGUUUAUCAUUGAGAUGACAGGCAAAGACUGACAGACUGAUUAUGUUCAGAAUUUGUUGAUCCUUGUUCAAACCGAUGGAGGUUUUAACACAGAAGGAUAACUCUGACAGACGCACAAGAAGAACCUCACUGUAGCUCUUGUUUUCUGUUCUCUACUCUGUUAAAUGUGACGGUAUAUUUGAGCAGAAACUUAGGACAAGCUUUUGAUCUUCAUGAUAGUUCUUUUUUUUAACCUAAGAAAAGUUCAACUAUGUUUCCUCAGUGCUGUUACACAUAAUUGGAAGAUAAGGUAGGAAAAUAGGAAAAAAGCAUUAUUUUUCUGUCUUCAUGACCGGCUUCAUGCUAGUUUGUAUAAAACACAGCAGUAGACUUUAGGUUGGUAGCACUUUUAAUCAAAAAAGGCUCUCCACUCAGCAUCAGCAUUAGUUUGCACAGUAGAGUAGAUCACAUAGGAAUGAGGGCAUCUUUUAAAGUCUUCUGCAAGCUGUACACAGUGUUAGACUUGUCUUCUAAAUAUAAGAUUAUUCUGAAGGAGCCACUUAUAACGCUACUAGUUUUCUUACUUCAGGGCUUUUGGGAAUCACACCAAAUUCAAAAGAAGAAAGAUCUGCUGGUUCAGAUUCUGCUUGAUUGUUUAGUUUUUAACUCCCCUAGUUCUUCAUGUAGAUGAGGCAGCAAAGAAACCUGCUUCACCUUGAACAAAAUGCUAUUUCUCUUUUAUUUUUCUCAGUUCUUUCUAUAACAAAACUCCAAGAGCAUUUCUACACCAACUCCUGGGUUGAGCCCACCAUGUACAUAACAUGUAAAUUGAAUUUGUACUGAACAAACUUGUCUUUUCUACUCAUUAUUAAACAGCUUAUUGACUGCAAAGCUUAUCUACUAAACCUAUUGUAUAGUGACUGAGUUAAAGAUGGUUUAUACUGUUAUAUUUAUGUAUUUUAAGAUUGUUUUGUAGAAAAUACUUUUGUACUGUGUGUACUAUAGUCAAGUAAUUUAUUGUUACUGUCACUAUUACCACUUCUUGUGUUAUACUCCUUUGUCAAUAAAGAAUAC